AUGGAUGUUAUAAUCUUAUUUAAAGUUCGUGGCAGCAGACGAAUAACCCUACUGCAACGCCAUCUAUUCGUAAUUUAUUUUAAAAAUUUUAAGAGAGUGAAUUUAGUUUACGGGUUGAAAUUUGAUGCUAAUACGUUUUUUGAUAAUUCGCUUUUAAUUCAAAAUGGAAGAAUACAUUAUGAGUCGCUAACGGACAAAACAAAUAUUCCGCAAUUUGGUAGUUGUUGGAAAAAUGCCAUUAACGAUCUUCAGUUAGGAUGUAAACAUUUAUCUGAAGAAAUUCAAAAUGAUCUCGCAUUAAAAUUUACCGAUUGUUUUUUACAAAUGUCGGGUUAUGAACCGUUAAAUUGUAAAGAACCGAUAAAUAUCUGUCCUCAAAAAUUAUCCGAUCGUGCCUUUAAUGCAUACACAGAAUUUUAUACACACACUCACAGUAUUUGUUUUUUUUUACAAAGUCAAACAUGGCAAGAAGAAGCUGAGAAAACGGUUAAUAAACUUUCUCUCACUUCUUUAUUGGUUUCGAAACAAUUAAAAGAAGCUGAUAAAAAUCAACAGAAGUUAUUAAAAAAUCAAAAUGAUUCUUUACUUCAGCAGCAAAAUUUAUUCGAUAAAAUUAAAAUUAUGUCGAAUGAAUUGACAUUUUCACAGGGAAAAAUAAUUUCAAUCAUUGAUGGUCUGCAAAAUGUAACAUUCGAACAAAAUAAAUUACUUUUUGAUUUAAUGAAAGAUUUAUUAUCUCUCAAGUUAUGGACUGUUAGUGAAGUUUCUUGGUUUAAUUCCAUCAUAUUUUAUGUUGUUGUUGUUGUGAUUAAUUUUAUUUUUACAUCCGUUGAUAGAACUCACAUAUCAAAUUUAACUAUAGAUUUAAUGUAUGAAUGGUUUUGGGUGCUUAGACGAAUUUGUGUAGUAUUAUCACUCGUAGUAUUACUUUACUCCUCAAUAAUUUAUUGUGAUUUUAAAGCAAUGAAUCAUAAGUUACUUUUGCAAAUUAAACAUCAAAAUGAAAAGAUUAUUAAAUUAUCUAAUAAAGACAUAAAUAUAAAUCCUUUGCAUAAAUCGCAUUGGAUAAACGAAUCAGAAUAUAAGAAUAAUAAAUUAAAUGAUAGAUUAGAUUUUUCAAACGAGCUUAACAAUCAAACUUUUCAAAAUUUUUAUAAGACUGAAUACUUCCAAGAUUGCAUGACGAUAAAUAAAAAUGACAAUUUAAAAAAAUUUCUCAGUAAGAAUAUUUGUAAUUUAUUCGAUUUGAAAAAUUUGGAUCAAACAGAUCAUGAAAAAGUUAAAAAACAAAAUAAUAAUAGUACACUGUUAAAAAAGUGUGACCCUUGCGAUGAAUCAUAUUCAUCGCAUGACUUAAAUAAAUCAAAAUAUAAUUUACGAAGUUGUAAAAAAAAAGUUGUACAAUAA